GUUGGCACUUGACGGAAACGGCGGCGAUAGCGAUAUUAGUUAUGUGUUCACAGUUCUUUCUGAAGGGUUGAUUGGGCCAGUAGUUGUUCGAUAUCUUCGACGUAGCGAUAAUGAGUAACAAAUAUUCGAAAAAUACCGAAAAGUUUGUAUUGCUUUCACUUUUUGUCUGCGCACUUAGCGCAUUGCCAGCGUUAUCUGGUGCAGUCUCCUUGACGUGGGGUCAUGUGGGCAAGUAUGCCUCGCCUAUUUACGAUGAAGAAAUUAAGCUCACUGAUAACAAGCCGAUAGUUGACGUUACGUAUCCACGCCAGGGUGACACCAGCGAGUACAUCAUAACCGCAAUGCACGCAUUCGACGCGAAAACUCCACUGUACACGACAGCAGUUGCGGAGCGCGCGGCCGAUGCACAUUUGGCAACCGUGGAUUCUGCAAGGGUUAUGGUUUUGCGCGGCGGCGUUGGCUUUAAUUACACGACAUUACGAUUUGAAAUGCCAACGUCCGCUUAUCAGCUAUCAGCUGCAGACAGCGCUCCGACCAUUGGCGGUCAUCCUGAUGGCGGCAGACAUGCGGGGCGUGGUAAUAACUUGCGUGCACACUAUCAGCUCGUUAUUUACGGCGUUGAUUUAUAGCGUGAAUAAUCUUAUAAUAAACUUUUCUUCUAUUCGCAUUUCAAAUAUGCAUAGACGAGUUUAGUUAAGCAAUGGUUAUAUCUUAAAUAAUUUGUUCAACACCUUUAAUUAUUAAAGUUGGUUUUACUAA